GAACGCGGUCCGCCCCAUUUACUACUAUCCACAUGACGUAGAAGAUGUGCCUCUGGGGAUCGUCCCUGGGAUCUAGAGCCGUUAUUCCAGCUGGCGAUAUCGACUGCGUCAUGAGAAAGUCUCAUUCUUUCCGAAUUGACAUUUUCGUACGAAUACAUGUUUGUCGCCACGGUUCUCUCGACUAUAAAGGUAUGGGUUACAAGACCAGUAGUCAAGGUCAUACUUCCAUCACAUAGGUCAUAGUCAAUCUUCUCCCCGACCAAUCUGUUAAUCAUGGCCCCUGUACGACUUGCCGCUCAAACAUCCCUCUUGCGGGCAAUAAAGCCCUGUCCAGCUGUCGUCAGCGUCUCACAGACCGGCAUUGUACGAUCAAAUAUCAUUUACACAUGCUGCUCAAGACGUUUCAUCUCGUCCACUUCUCAAAAUCAAAUCAAGGAAUAUUUCCCAGCCCCGGACACCCCCGGAGUCAAGGAAGUCACAACGGCAUGGUCACACCCAAUAUACACCGAUUCCCAGAUGCGCGAUGUGAAAAUCGCACAUCGAAAUGCCAAGAACUGGUCAGACUGGGUCGCGCUGAGCACAGUGCGAUUCUUUCGCUGGGGCAUGGACCUCGUAACAGGUUACCGACAUCCAAAGCCGAACGAAGUUCAACCAGCCCGGUUCAAAAUGACCGAGAAAAAAUGGUUAACUCGGUUUAUCUUUCUCGAAAGUGUUGCCGGCGUCCCAGGGAUGGUGGGCGGUAUGCUGCGACACUUACGCAGCCUUCGACGUAUGAAACGAGACAAUGGAUGGAUCGAGACUCUUCUUGAAGAGGCGUUCAACGAGCGCAUGCAUCUGCUUACAUUCCUCAAACUCGCCGAGCCAAACUGGUUUAUGCGACUCAUGGUUCUUGGUGCCCAAGGGGUCUUUUUUAACGGGUUCUUCAUCUCCUAUUUGAUAUCGCCACGGAUCUGUCACCGGUUUGUGGGUUAUCUCGAGGAGGAAGCUGUCAUCACAUAUACCCGCGCCAUUGAAGAAAUCGAGGCAGGUAAUCUGCCAAAGUGGACAAACUUGGAGGCUCCUGAAAUAGCAGUACAGUACUGGAAGAUGCCAGAGGGUGAGCGGACAAUGCGCGAUUUGAUCUUAUAUAUUCGCGCCGAUGAAGCUAAACAUCGGGAGGUGAAUCACACACUGGGCAACUUGGAUCAACUGAAGGACCCGAACCCAUAUCAGAUCCAAUAUGUGGACCCAACUCAACCGCACCCGACUAAGAGUCUCGACAAUUUGAGUGGAACGGGGUGGGAGAAGAAAGAUAUUUACCACUCAACAUGAUGCUUCUAAAAGUCUAUGCAUGGAAUGGGUCUAUUCUACCAAUACGAAGUACUAUAUUGUUAGGCAAUUCUGUACAGUCUGAGCUUGCGAUCAAUGUUGUAAUAGUUGCUAAAGUUCCGACAAAGCAAAUUGAAAAAAAGGCGCAAGUUUCCCAUACAAAGUAGUAAUGGUGUUCCCGUGUGGAUAACGACUGGACCUCCGAAACCCAGGUUGAACCAUCCCUAGGGGGAAACGUAUCUUUCUCGGUGGAACACAAGACGCAUUGAAACACGCCAAAACUCCUCACAUGGCUAUUGCGGUGGCCCAUCGGUUGAAGACAAUCGCACAUGCAGGCGAGAUCUUUGUUUUUGGUCAAGGGUGUAUUGUGGAGAGAGGAACUCACGAUGAGCUGAUGCUGGCGAAGGACGGUACUGGGAUCUGACGUGGUUACAAGAUUCUGGUGGUCAUGGCAACUAAUAUAGUCACUUGGCUCGAUAGGCUCUAAUACAGUAUCGAUCUAUCUCUCAUCACGACGGUUUCUCUACUUAGAAUAACUUAACUGAACUCUCCGGGUUUGAAUUGC